GUAGGAGUCUGGAAGGAAGUGCCGGCCAGUGCUGGUGACUGCAGGAUGACCCAAGUGCCCAAAGUUCGUCUCUCGGGGGGUUUGGAGAUCUGCCGGGUCUUAAACGGCAUGUGGCAGGUCUCCGGGUUCCAUGGCACGGUGGAUCGACGCAAAGCAGUGGAGGCCAUGCAGGCCUAUGUAGACACUGGUCUGACCACAUUCGACAUGGCGGACAUUUACGGCCCCGCUGAAGAGAUAUUUGGACAAUUCAACAGCCAGCUAAAGUCAUCUGGAAGUCCCGCACCAGCUCUGCAGGGUCUAACUAAAUGGGUUCCUAGACCAGGCCCGAUGGAUCGCACGGUGGUGGAAAAGGCGGUGCAGUACUCCCUGGCUCGUAUGCAGGUUGACACUCUGGACUGUGUUCAGUUUCACUGGUGGGACUACAGAGACAAAAGAUAUCUGGAUGCACUGGGACACCUGUCUGACCUACAGCAAGAGGGGGUCAUACGAGAGCUGUCCCUCACCAACUUUGACACCCAGAGACUGGAGGAGAUCACCAACAAAGGAAUCCACAUCUCAAGCAACCAGGUCUUUUAA